CGAACAAAAUGGACAAAUUUAUAGCUGCUGUUAUCCUGGUUGUGUGUAUGUCUGUAGAUUUUAGCUCAGGAAAAACACCGUUCCAUACUUGUAAAAGUGGAUCAUCUAAAGUAACAAAUGUAGUUAUUCCAGGAUGUGAUGCUCCCCCUUGUAAGCUGAAGAAAGGAUCAAGUGCUGCUAUGUCAAUAUCAUUUACUGCAGGAGAGGGGUAUACAAAGGUAACAGCAAAUGUCCAUGGUGUAAUUAGCUACAUACCAGUUCCAUUUACACCACCAAAUGUGGAUGGAUGUCAUAAUAGUGGUCUAACCUGUCCUUUGACAAAGGGAAAGAACUACGUUUACAAUAAUACCAUUCCCAUUAAAAGCAGUUAUCCAAAUUUGCAACUUGUAGUAGAAUGGGAGCUUCUGGAUGAGAACAAUAAAGACAUUCUAUGUAUUGAAAUUCCAGCUGAAAUAGUUGAUUAAGAGCAUGAACAAUCUAAACAAGGACAUCUAUGAUAUUUUUUUCCUCAUUCCAAAAUAAACAUUAUGUAAGGGAGGUAAUCACUCAAUUAAUUGUACACUUUCUAUAAUAAAACAAACUUAAAAAAUCUCCCCCAAAUUUGAUGAAAGCAAUAUUUCCGAACCUUACAUUUAGUAGUUAAAACAUGUUUUAGUAUUGAUUGUAGAGGGUGUUACCCCUAUCUUACAGUAUACACAAGAGGAUUUAGUUUAAAUCAAUGUAUUGUAAAAUUCCCCACCAAGGCAUGGGUGAUGUUUUACUAGCUCAUCUUGUGUGUACUGUAUAUUAUUACUAUGUAUCACUUGCACAACUUUGUUUAAUGUUGACCAAAUCUCAGAAAAUAAUAUUUGUUUUGUUAAACAUUUGUUACGUUUACUAUGAUAUUGUUAUGUACAUAUAUGUGUUCCAUAGGAUGGAGCAAUUUAACAUUUUUCUGUAGACAAUUCAAAUUGAUUAUUAGAGACACAUGCAUUUUUAAGAUGAAGCAUCAUUUUCUCCUAUAAUAUAUGACUACUUGCCUUAUUUGAAAAGAAACUUGCUAAAAUCAAAAUAAUAAUAUGCUUCCCUACCAUGGUUAAAAGGAAAGUAAAAUUCUGAGACAAUUGCAACAGCAAAUUAUGUUUCCAAAUUGUCAGUAGAGCAAGAUUUACCAAUAUCCAAAUUUAAGAAAUAGAGCUCAGAUUUAAUUUAAAAUCUGAAGGCAAGUGUGCAUAUUUAUUUUAUACAAAAAAAUAACACAAUGAUAUUUUUUUUAUUCCGGAAAAUAACUUUACUAGACAUGUUACUUGUACAUUUUGGUUUACAUGUGUUUGUUGUUAUUUUUGAAAGUCAGAUUUGAGAUGAAUGGGAUGGUUGUUUUUACUUUCCUAAUGUAUGAAUGGACAAAUUACAAUCUUUAAUUGAUUUUCAUUAGUGUAUUAAUUUAACACGACUGCAUUUUUUUCUUGAUCGGUAUUUAGAGUGCCUAGUGAAAAUGUCGGAAUUGUGUGGAACUAACUGGUAAAAGAAUGUUGGUUAUCUAACUUUUUAUAGCUUUGAAUAAUAUCAAAGUUUACUAAAAGAUUAUACUGUAAAUGCUUGUUAGCUAGAAUUGGUAAUUGUUAGAAAUGCAUAAUAUGGAUUUAUAUCAGCAAGAUCAUAUUUGUAUAAUGAAACUAUGUUAUUAUUAAUAUACAUUGUAGUGUUCAGAUAAACAUAACUUUUUAACAAUUCUUUUUUGGUGUUUUAACAAAUGUCCUUAAAGCAAAUAAUCUUUUUUACUUAUUUUCUAAUUACAUUGUAGUUUAAUAUACUGUAAUAUUGUCAGGAAGAAAUCUCUUUGAAAUAUGAUUAAUGAUCUGUUUAUGCUUUUGACAGUUUUGUAAUCUUUAAUAUAAGAGAAAAUCAAGCUUGCUUUUAUAUUGUCACUUCACAUUUAUAUACAAAUGAGCAUUUUAUAUGUCUAUUUUCAAUAAAAAAAUCUUUCUGUUAA